UCCUAGGACCCUGUGACUGGCCAGGACGCCAGACUCUGGCAUUUUGUAAAAAGUGCUGGACUUGAGGCCAGCAGAAAACUGAACCGCGGAAGCUAGACAAGGCAAGGCCUUCAGUGCCGACUGCGAGACUGCUGUCUGCCAAAAUGUCUGAAAGAUCAGAUCUCCUUCACUUCAAGUUUGAAAAUUAUGGAGAUUCAAUGUUACAAAAAAUGAACAAAUUAAGAGAAGAGAAUAAAUUUUGUGAUGUUACGGUUCUCAUAGAUGAUAUUGAGGUGCAGGGGCAUAAAAUUGUUUUUGCUGCAGGUUCCCCCUUCUUAAGAGACCAGUUUUUACUGAAUGAUUCCCGAGAGGUGAAAAUCUCCAUAUUACAAAGUUCUGAAGUGGGGAGACAAUUACUCUUGUCGUGCUAUAGUGGUGUGCUGGAAUUCCCUGAGAUGGAGCUGGUAAAUUACUUGACUGCUGCGAGUUUUCUUCAGAUGAGCCACAUUGUAGAACGGUGCACACAGGCGCUGUGGAAGUUUAUAAAGCCAAAACAACCAAUGGAUAGUAAAGAGGGAUGUGAACCACAAAGUGCUUCUUCCCAGUCGAAAGAACAGCAGGGAGAUGCCAGAGGCUCUCCAAAACAGGACUUGCCUUGUGUUCAUCCAUCUGAAGACAGUAUGGAUAUGGAGGACAGUGAUAUUCAGAUUGUUAAGGUAGAAUCUAUUGGGGAUGUAUCCGAGGUUAGAAGUAAAAAAGAUCAGAACCAGUACAUUUCUUCUGAACCCACUGCUUUACAUUCAUCAGAACCCCAGCACUCCCUGAUAAACUCAACUGUGGAAAACAGAGUAAGUGAACUAGACCAGAGCCAUCUCCACAAUUACGCACUCUCUUACACAGGAAAUGAUGACAUCAUCAUGACCUCAAAAGAUGUUUUUGGGCCUAAUAUUCGAGGUGUAGACAAAGGCUUACAGUGGCAUCACCAAUGCCCAAAGUGUACCAGGGUGUUCCGUCACCUGGAGAACUACGCCAACCAUUUAAAAAUGCACAAACUCUUUAUGUGUCUACUCUGCGGCAAGACUUUCACUCAGAAAGGCAAUCUUCAUCGACACAUGCGUGUACAUGCCGGAAUUAAACCUUUCCAGUGUAAAAUCUGUGGGAAAACCUUUUCUCAGAAGUGUUCCUUGCAGGACCAUCUUAACCUUCACAGUGGAGAUAAGCCCCAUAAAUGUAACUAUUGUGACAUGGUUUUUGCACAUAAGCCAGUUUUGAGGAAACACCUUAAACAGCUGCAUGGCAAAAACAGCUUUGAUAAUGCCAAUGAGAGGAAUGUGCAAGACCUUACAGUGGAUUUUGAUUCUUUUGCAUGUACAACAGUCACAGACUCUAAAGGUUGUCAACCACAACCUGAUGCAACACAGGUCCUGGAUGCAGGUAAACUGACCCAAGCUGUCCUCAGUUUAAGGAGUGAGAGUACAUGUGUAAACUGAGGAGGGGUCUAGUGCCCACAGCUAGAAUCGACCGAGUGUGACAAUAGUGCUAAGUCUUUUUAGACGUGGUUUGGAUAGUUUCUUCUCCAAAGCCUCCAAGCAGGUGGUCAUGGGUAAGCAGCAGCAGACCAGGCAACUCCCACUUGCAGUGGCUUUGCUUUUCUUUAGCCCUCUCCCAACUCUUUUUUGAGUUAUUUAUUUUGUGAUGUCUAUUUUCCUUUUCUAAAAGAUAAUUCCUUUUUUUUUUUUUUUGGUUUUUCGAGACAGGGUUUCUUUGUGGUUUUGGAGCCUGUCCUGGAACUAGCUCUUGUAGACCAGGCUAGUCUCAAACUCACAGAGAUCUGCCUGCCUCUGCCUCCCGAGUGCUGGGAUUAAAGGCGUGCACCACCGCUGCCCAGCUCUAAAAAAUAAUUCCAUUUGUCUACCUAGUGUCAAUACCUGGCUUAGACUGACACUGUUCUAAUCUUUUUACCGAGCAUAUCUGAAGGUACUAACAAAUUACAUCACCUAUUUCUUACCAAUAGAUGCUGUACUUAGAAAAGUUCACACUUUUCGUUGAGGGAAAUGAGGCUGGGAUAUGAGGUGAUACUGCUGUUGAUCUAAAUAUGUGAUAGAGCCUCUGUCUACUGUGGUUCAUCUAAAACUGAUGAGUGAGUCUGCUUCCUACCAUUUGUACUUUUUUUUUUUUGGAGCUGCUAUGAAGAAGUAUGUCGGUUUGUACUUUAAACACUAACACAGCCCACUGAAUUGUUCUCAUAACCCAGAAUACAAUUCUUUCAGCAACAUCUUCCCACUGUGGGGAGGAUAAUCAACAAAUAAUAGAAGUAUAAUAAAAGAACAGUGGGCACAUGGAGGGUUUCCUAAACAAGAGACCAGCUGUUUACUUAUGUACCUUGUUGAUGCUCUUGUAAUUGGAAGUGCUUUGGGCAUAUUUAAAUGAGCUAAAGAAUAAUGAAUGGCCUCUAUAGAAAUAGACUAUAUUGGAGUCUGACCUGUAUAUCAGAGUUUAUUUCAUAAGAAAGGUGAGUUUAGCCAUCCCUUUUGUGCUGUUUACAGUAUCUCCUAGUUUUCCUUUUCUUGUAUACCUUCAUCUUGAAAACAUGAAAGAAAAUUAAGUGGUAUACAGAAGACAACCACAAGUUUUGCUUUUAGAUAGUCUUAGAGAUACACUGUCUACUUUUAGAUAGUCUUAGAGAUACACUGUCUACUUUUAGAUAGUCUUAGAGAUACACUGUCUACUUUGCCACCUUUCAUAGAUGAUCUUGAAGGAUGGAAAAAACAAUUCUUUAUCCUAAGUACAUUUCACACAUAAUUUUGAGAUUGUUUCUGACCCAAGGGUCACAGUAAGAUGUAGGAUUGCUAGAGAAUGUAGAAACUCUUACAAGAUUGUUUAUACUAUCUCUGUCAUUUUUAAGUAGGAGCAUUCAGAGUCAGAUAGCCUGGCCACCACUGACCAAAAAAAAAAAAAAAAAAAUACACCUGACUAAAUAUGAAUGAAUGUCCCCAUGCCUCUCUUCUGCUAUACCUUGGCUUUAAAAGAUGGUGAACAAUAGUACAUUAACAGAAAUUGUCUAGUUUUGCUUCACUAAUGUAUAUCCCUUUUAGCUUUUGGAGACAGCCUAGGAUUUGCCAACAAAAUGUUACAGAAGGACUUAUGAUAAUUACUUUUUUAAACUGAUUUUAUUUUGGUGACUUGUGCAGCUGAAGCAGGAGGGUUGCUGUAAGUUAAAGGCCAGCCUGCACUAAGACCUAAAUCAAUGUAAUUAUUUUAUUGUAGUGGUGCUGGGCGUCACAUGUGCUAGCCGAGCACUGAAUCUGCCACUGAACUACAAUCAUAGCCUGUUAUUUGUUGUUUAGAUAAAUGAAUAUUGUAUUAUUUCUAAAUGAGUAGCUGGUUUAGGUAUGAAGGGAAGGGCAAAUUAGAAUAUGUGAGAUAGAUCCAAAUGUGAAACUAAAUUUAUAUGAGAAAUUUUAUUUCCACCAGACUUGUUUUUGAACUAUGAGACUACAUGUACAGAUAAUUCAAAAGUUAAACUUAAUUUAUAUAUAGAUGGCAAGAGGUAUUAAUUUGUUAUAAUUUGAUAUAUUUACACAUGGCUCAGAUUUGAGGCAUAAUUUCUACUAAAUAAAUAGAAUACAGUUGACUAAUAAGACUUGUUGGUACUUUAUGUUCAACAUCACCCACUGUAUAGUCAAAUAGUGCUUACUAGGAUUCUGAAUUUUAAUUAUUCAUCCAAAGAGCACCGAUUCUUUGCAACAAUGGGAUUCUACUAUGUCAUCCAAUGUUUUGAAUAUUUUCUCUGAAUUUUUUUUCAUAAGAACAUUUCAAAAUAAUGGGGCUAUACAUGUUGUUUUUCUUGUCUGGUUGCUGUUACUAGUCUGAAGACUAAAAACAGAAUGGGUUCAAAUAAUACUGACCUCUUAUGUUGGAGGCUAUAUCUUGAUUUAUUUCAGUCACCCAGAAGCCUUUUUUUUUUUCUUUUCUUUUUUAAAUGCUUGGGAGUUUGAACCCAAGACCGCAAACACACUGACCAUGUUCUCUUUCACUGAGCUACUCCCAUAGCCUAAAGAAACAUUAAUAAGCAACUCGUAUUCCUGGGCACUAUGUUAGAUUCUGAGGAUAGGAAUUGAUACAUCCUUGUUGUUAUAGGACUUACAGUGUCAAGUGAUUUUAGUGAGACAAGGUCCCCAAUUUAUUUCAUAACUAAGAAUGGCUGCCCCCCCUUUUUUUCUGAGCAUUUUAAGCAGUGGUUCUCAACCUGUGGGUCUCCAGCCCAAUUUGGGGGUGGGAGGUGUUGAAUGACCCUUUCACAGGGAUCACCCAAGACAAUUGGAAAACACAGAUAUUUAUAUUACAAAGAACUAUAUGGUUGAGAACCACUGAUGUAAUGUUAGUUUUCUUAAGUGUUUUCUGUUACUAAAAUUUUCACUUCUCACUGUUUGCAAACCUCUUACCUGGUUUAUGGUCUUUCAUUUCUUGCCUGGAGAAGUCUCAUUUGUGCGAGACAUGUCAGUUUGGUGGGACUAGGGUUCUUACACAUUUCUCAGAUUUAAUUGCAAAGAGGUCAAGUUAUUUUAUAGUGGAAGAGGUUUAACACUAGUCAUGAUUAUAUGGGGUCAGGGUAUAAAUCUUAGUUACCCAGCAUUUGGGUUUUUUGUUUUGUUUUGGUUUUGGAGGCAGGCAGGAUCUCACUAUUGUACCCUUUGCUGCCUCAGCCUCCUGAGUGCUGAGCUCAAUAUUUGUGUUGUAUAGAUUCCUAGGAAAACUUCAAAAGGAAGAGGACUCUCUUUACUGCAGUUUGGUCUUUUAAAAUUUGAUGUUAUUUAUUUAUUAUUUAAUAUUAAAAUGAGCUCCAAACUGAAGUGACUGUGAGGUAAAGCAGAUGUGGUUUUGCUUUAGGUGUGAAAAAGGUGACUAGUGUCACCAUUUCUAAAAUACUGUCUAAACAACUCAGAACAUUUGAUUUCAGCUCAUGAAUGGCUGUUCGAAAUAUGUUGUAUGUUAGACAUACAUUGAACUACCUCUUUACUUAAAAUGGGGAAGUUUCCUUAAUAAAAGUGUGACAAUUCAA